UUGCCAAUGGAUACCCAUUGUGGUGCUGUUUUUAUAACUAGUAGAUAUUAAGUGUGAGCAUAACAUUGGAUAUAAUAAAUUUUCCUUGACAUUAGAGUGAUUCAUUUAAUGAUGGGAUUUUGAAGAAUGUCCUUAACCAAAGCACGCCUUCCUGCCCUACUGAAGAUCAGUUCAGAAAAGAAUGCAAUUAGCAAUCUUAAGAAAGACAAUAAGCGUCUUAAUAAAAAGUUAUUACAACUUCAGGCUUUACUGGAGGAAAAGGAGGCACAGUUAGGUCUAUCAAAAUGGAGCAUGGGAGCAGCUAAUAGUUCUAUUCUAUCAAGUAGCAUUGAUGGUGAAAAGUUACACCUAUCUACAAGUAGUGAGGACAUAUUUGCUCAUGCAACCUCACGUUUGGGUAGAAUAGCACUGGGUGAGGAUCGUGCUGCUACUGAACCCACCAAAUUUGUAUCAGCCCAUGUUGAGUCCUCAUCUAGGCAAGAUUCAUAUUCUGCUUCAAGUAUUCAUGCUUCAUCUAGUGGAAUCGGUGAUAAUGCUCUAGAGUCCUAUGGUAACCAUUUUGAUGAUAACUGGCAUUUCUGCAAACCUUCCUCAUCUUAGAUUUUAGGUUAAUGUGGCAGCAAUAUAACCACAUUGGAAAAUGUUAUGCAUGAUGUCAACAAGUGUGGUUU